AUGAGGACAAGCGCAGCUGCGAACUCGAUCUACGAACACGGAAUGCAAUAUCUUCGUUCCCACGUGCUCUUAUGCAAACUGAGUAUGAGGAUGGAAAAGCUUCACUGGCACGUGCGGCCGAAGGUGCACGCCUUUGCACACCAGCUUCGCGAUUGCAAACGUCGCAGAUUCAACAUACGUCACCAUCACACUUUUCGAGAAGAAGACGCAAUGCGGUGGCUCAAAG